AUGAAUGAUAUACCUAAAUCCACAUGGCAUGGAUGCGAGUCCUCCACUCUGCACCAACGACACAUUAAAGAUCUGGAGAAAUUUCACAUAGGCACCCUCUGCUCCAUCCUUGGCACUUGUUUGCAAUACUGUGUCUCCAACCUGAGGGUCUUGGAUCGUGCAAAGUUCAGCAGCAUUGAGUAUUCCUCGGUCUACACUCCUCGGAUCAUAUAUAAUUGUUUGUCCAAGAACAACCACAUUUCCUUAGCUGAUUGUGCAGCCCAGUUUUUCUUCUCUGCUGGAUUGGGCUGGAGUGAAUGCUUCCUAUUGGCCUUCAUGGCCUAUGACCGCUUUGUGGCCAUCUGCCACCCACUCCUUUAUGCCACUGCCAUGCCCAAGAAGCUCUGUGUCCACCUGGUGUUAGGAGCCUACAUAGUGGGGUUUGUCAGUGCCAUUGUACACACAGGUAACACCUUCCGUCUAUAUUUCUGUGGUAGUAAUAUCAUCAACCACUACUUUUGUGAUGUGCCGCCACUUGGAAAGAUGGCCUGUGAUGACACAAGAGUUUAUGAACCCAUUCUGUCUGCUGUCAUUGGUUUCAAUUUGCUGGCAGCCACUGCUGUCAUUCUGAAGUCCUACAUUGGAAUUGUGGCAGCCAUUAUUCACAUCCGUUCAACUGAAGGGAGACGCAAAGCUUUCUCCACUUGCUCGGCUCACAUGGUCUCUGUCUCCAUCUUCUAUGGCUCCAUACUCAUUAUAUACUCCACACCUAACUCUUAUCACACUCCAAAUUGGGACAAGACAAAUGCCUUGUUCUAUACUGUAGUCAACCCUCUGGUCAACCCUUUGAUUUACAGCUUACGAAACAAAGAUGUGAAGGAAGUCUUCAAGAAAGUCUGGGGGAGAUGA